GAAUGCAAUAUACUUUGGGUCUGCUUGUUUGUGUAGACACCUAACAGCAGGGUUAAAGUUAUCUCAGGCAUAAAUAUAUUGCAAUACCAGAAAUGUUCACCAAAAUUUUAAGGAUCAAAAUGAACACUACCAGCUCAUUUUAACCUCAAAUAAAUUGUAUGUACAUUUGUUUAUAUCAACAGUAGUAUUAUUAGAAUACAUCUAAAAUGGCCUUGGAUCCACCACCCCAAGUCAAAGUAAUCCGUUCAACCCAUAAAAGACUUAGAGAUGAGUUUUCUGAAUGCAAAGAUUUUUCCAAAGUAUGGAAAAAACAUUGUAGCGACAACCAGGGUUUGAAGAAAUAUUCUGAAGCCAUGUAUGAGCUCGCUACAGAUGUAUGGGGGACCAAAUGUGAUGGAAAGGACAGGACAACUUGGUGUAAAGACACUGUGAAAGAAUAUUUCCAUAAAGGAAAGUUAGAAGAAAUUUUAGAGAAGGAUAAACGAAGACAAGAAUACUAUGAACAAAAUAAAGAUAACUUCUUCAUCAAAAACCCAAACGAAAGUACCAAAACUGCGUCAUUCGUGCCUAAAAUUGAUGAAAAAAUUCCAACACAAAAUGCCCAAACUGCAUCAAAUCUUCGAAAAAUUUAUGAAAAAGUUCGUCUUCUUGAUGUAGGAUCAUGUUAUAAUCCGUUCCAUGACAUUGAAGACUUUGAAACAACAGCAGUUGACAUUACACCAGCUAAUAAACAAGUUUAUCAAUGUGACUUUUUAACAGUAGACAUUUCUGCUGCAAAUCAAUCAAAUGGCCCGGAUUUUGAUGCAGAAAAUGCAAGGAAAAUAACAGCUUUACCAAAAAAUCAUUUUAAUGUUGUAGUGUUUUCGCUUUUACUUUCAUACAUUCCAUGUCCACAUGCAAGAUUUCAAAUGUGUGAAAAAGCCCACAAGGUUUUAACUACAAAUGGUCUUCUACUGAUCAUAACUCCAGAUUCAAGCCACCAAAAUAAACACGCAUCGAACAUGAAAAAAUGGAAAGCAGAAAUCGAAGAUAUUGGUUUUUGUCGAGUAAAAUAUGAAAAAGACAAGCAUUUACACCUCAUAGCAUUCCGGAAAAUUCCAUCAAACUUUAUAAUUGAUAAGAGAUCUGGACAAAAUACAAAGCUUGAAAAACUGCUGAAUAUCCCACAGGAUUUUAAUAACACAGUAGACAAUACAUGUUUGUAAACAUAAUAUAUUCUUUGUAUAUACAUCAGUGGUUCAGCAAUUGUUUUACUCAUACUUUUUUACCUAAUAAACUGACCUUAUACCACU